AUGACUGGCAUCGCAGUCCGCAGAGCUGUCGCUGCCGGCCUGCACAAGGAUGUCAUGGUGACGGCUCAGUCCCGCGAAGACACCCGCCAGAGGAGGAUAACGAUAUGGAGCGUCUUCUUUUGGGAGAUUUGGCUGUGCUUCAGCCUGGGACGCCCAAAUUCGUUCCCCGAGUCCGAGAUUUGCGUUCCCCUCCCAAGCGAGGAGAAGCUCUUGCAAUCACUCGUGAUGCUCGCUCGGGUCAUGUCCAAGUGCGCUACGCGUAUCUACAAGCAGCACCACGAAUCUCUCUUGCCCGUAUGGAAUGCCGCCAAUGAGAUCCGUCGGGAGCUCCAGCGGCUUGUAGAGCAGCAGCGCAAGGAUCUGAACUUCGGUCUUGUCGGCGAUCCGAGCACGGGCGAGCUCGGGUAUGCCAGACCACGGUAUCGACCACCGCGGCGGCCAAUCUACCGACCCCACCGCCCUGGCUGGACUCGGCGUGUGAAUACUGUCUUGACGCGGCGCGGCAUUCCAUUGCUUUUCUGGCGGGGGCCAGCGAGCAGAACGUGCUCUGCCGAGAAAUCAAGUACCACGCCUUCUUCCUCGAGGGAGCAUCUCACGUCCUGGCAUUCUACCUGCUGCAGCCGGAACGCUUCCGUGACGACUCCGAGAGAGUGCGCAUGCCCCCGUUCGGCAGUCGGUACUAGCCUGAUUGAUCGAAGCCUUUGCCAAGCUUAUCAUGCAAGGGAGAUUGCUUAUGAUUUGCGCUCGGAAGGAAUCACGGCUCUGCUCCAAUACGGAGGUACAGGCAAUUGCCAUUGUGUGGCGGAUAUAUGGCGCCGCGGAAGUACGGAUGUGACAGCUUGCGUCGUCCAACUCGCCGCAAUUCUGCUGUUUAUGAAGAGGAAAGAAGCCAAGGCGCAGAAGCUGAGAUGGGAUCUGACCCUCGGAAGCAUCCAACUUCAAAACGAUGUUCUUUUUGUUGGUCGCUCAAAGGUUGAGUACAAACAGCGUACCGUUAGUUGCCAGAGCGCCGAGAACCGUCAUCCGCACCGUACGAAACGGGCCGGGCUUGGAAUUAGCGCAAUGGGGGCGGCAGCAGAGGAUGCGAGCCACCACAAGGACUCAGAGUUGUCGUGGAACGCUGCAGCUGCAGAUGGGAACGCCAUGUUCGAUGCAUCAGCCAGCAAGACGGAUGUUGAGGGGCACAGAGUGCACCCGGACGAGGAGCGGGGCAAAGACGGCGUCCCGAAGCGACUGACUCUCACAUUCCAAGAUGUGACGGUCAGGGUCACCGCCCCUGGUGAGGCUCUGGGAGAGACGUUGCUGUCGAGGGUUGAUCCCCGGCAACUUUCAGGCCGGGUCCACAGGGCGAACCAUCCUAAGAGGGCAAUUGUGCGCGAGAUUAGUGGCCAGGUGAGGCCGGGUGAAAUGGCCCGGAGCAGGAUGCACGUCGCUUCUUCGUGUGUUGUCCAACCACCGAAAGCCUUCGACGAAGUCCAUGGCGACGUGCACUUCGGCAACAUGGACCACAAGCUGGCCAGGAGGUAUCGCCAGCAGAUCGCGCUCAACACCGAGGAUGACAUUCACUUCCCUACCUUGACUGUGAACCAGACUAUGAAGUUUGCCUUGCGUAAUAAGGUCCCACGUGAGAGGGAAGAGCAUCUGAAGAAGCCACACCACUUCGUUCAGCACGCCAAGAGCAACAUUCUUGACGCCCUCGGCAUUGGCCACACUGUGAAGACCAAGGUCGGAAACGAGUUCAUCCGUGGUGUGUCCGGCGGAGAAAGGAAGCGUGUGUCUCUAGCGGAAAUGAUGGCUGGCCAGGCGGGCAACAGCAUCUACCACAACUUCGACAAGGUCCUCGUUCUCGCUGACGGCUGUGUUAUCUACUACGGUCCGAGGAGCUCUGCUCGGCAGUACUUUGAAUCUCUUGGAUUCGUCUGUCCGAAAGGUGCGAACAUUGCCGAUUUUCUCACCUCAGUCACCGUGGCGACAGAGCGCAUCACCGCUCCGGGCUCAGAGGAGAAGGUGCCCAACACGCCCGAGGAGUUCGAGAAGGUUUAUCAAGUGAGCUCCGUGUGCCGAGCGAUGCGGGAGGCCCAGGUACCGGUCGAGCGCCUUGGAACCGAGGUGGAUGACCUGGCGAUUGCCGUUCAGCGAGAGAAGAAGCGUAGGCCCGUGAAGGGAAAGCGAAGCGUCUACACUGUUGGCCUCAGAGACCAGAUCAAGAACUGCACCGUUCGACUGCCCCUUGGACGAUUUCAGAUUAUUAUGGGUGACCGGCUCUCGCUCGGUGUCAAAGUCUUUUCGUCCACCGUCCAGGCGCUCGUCUGUGGAAGCCUCUUCUACAACCUCCCCGACACCAGUGAGUCCAUCUUCCUUCGGCCAGUCGUUCUCUUCUUCGCUAUUCUGUACUUCCUCAUGGAGUCCAUGUCUGAGACUACCGCAUCGUUCAUGGGCCGCCCCAUUCUCGUCCGCCAUAAGCGCUUCGGCUUCUACCGGCCGGCGGCUUUCUGCAUCGCCAACGCCAUCACCGACAUUCCUGUCAUCAUGCUUCAGGUUACCGUCUUUUCAUUGAUCAUCUAUUUCAUGUCGAGCCUGCAAAUGGAUGCCGACAAGUUCUUCACUUACUGGAUCGUCGUCAACGCGAGCACCUUGAUGUUUGUGCAGUUGUUCCGCAUGGUGGGCGCUUUGUGGGGCACAUCGGAACGGCAUCGCAGAUGA